AUGCUAGUUAUCUCUAUACAAAAUUUCCCCAAGAUUAACUAUGAUCUGUGCUACAUUACAGCUCGAGAUCGUUUUCCAUCGACAUCUUCAACUGAGGAAAACGAAAUUAUCCACAACUGGGAGAAUGAUGUGCGUCCAGUGAACGUACUGCAACCCCGGCUGCCACCGCCCCAGACCAUAAUCGUCGGCUCGGUGAGGAAGCGCCGCGGCAACCUCCCGAAGAGCUCCGUGAGGAUUCUCAAGAGAUGGCUCUACGAUCACCGGUAUAACGCCUACCCGAGCGAUGCUGAGAAGUUAGCAUUGAGCCAGGAAGCUAACUUGACAGUUUUACAGGUGUGCAACUGGUUUAUUAACGCGCGCCGUCGCAUUCUUCCCGAAAUGAUUCGUCGAGAGGGCCACGACCCUCUGCGAUACACAAUCUCGCGUCGCGGGCGCAAACAACCCGGCAUGGGCAUGGUCAACAUGGGCGUUGGGGUCAACAUGGGCAUGGUGAACUUGGGCAGUAUGGGCAUGAACAUGAACAUGGGCCUGGGACCUAUGGCCUCCACUUCCGGCAUGGGGAUAGUUCCCGGCAAUGUGAGCGUUGCUGGAUGGGAGCAUGUGGACGUUCAGACUGUCUCCGACCACGGCCCUGGGCACGACUACGGGGACGGUCUGCUGGUGUACCGCGAAGGCGACGAGCUUGGGGAAGCGGAGGAGGGGUACUCCAGCGCACUCAGCGAGGAGGAGGUCAAAUACGACCCCUCGGUGUGGCAGUCGGUCAUUCGCUACGGCCCCGACCAGGACUUCCAUUCAGAACAUAGAGGCGCAACAGUGGUAACAAUGACAGAGGACGGGGGUGAGAUCGUAACAGGAGACGUGGGUGGCUGGCAGCCACAUUUAACUCAAUUGACAGCUCACCAGCAGGUGAGUGACCCUCCUCCGACGCCUCAGCCGUCGGUAGCAGUGGCCCUUCCGCCGGUGGGCGUCGAACUUGAAGUCGCCACCACUGACAUGUGGUCUUAG